AUGCAUAUGAUUCUUUGCAAGUCACCAUUUAUGGUAACAUUUGCCAAUAUGAGCACCAUGACAGAUCUACUGCCCUCAACCAUCACAGGAGGCCUCUUUGGAGCGGCGCUUACCGUCUCAGGCGUCUAUCUGCCGCCCACCAUCAUCUCACAAAUGCAACUGCAGGACUUUCACAUGCUCAGCGUCUUUCUCACUGCCAGCUCCACCAGCGCUGUAGCCAUCUUCCUCUACGAACGCCUCAUCCAACGCCCCCUCAGUCGCCGUCCCCCCUCGUCAAUUGGCUGGCUCGGGGCGUACGACGGCAACGUCAUCGGCGGCGCCAUGGUUGGCGCAGGCAUGACCCUCACCGGCGCCUGCCCCGGGACCGUUCUCGUGCAGGUUGGAACAGGCGUCUCAUCCGGCCGCUACGUCCUGCUUGGCGGCCUCCUCGGCGGUCUCCUAUACGCCAGUGUGGCUCGGGUUCUGGGCCGCCAGCCCGGUGCAUCCUGCGCAGCGACAACCGGGAAAACCGACAAUAGCCUCCCCUGGAAACUACGCAUCAGCCCCAGAACUGCUAUGAUGGGCUUCCAGAUGAUGUGUUUCUCGCUCAUUGUGGCGGUCAAGUAUCUCGCGCCGCGACACGCACCCGCAGCCGUUGACCCGAUCGUCGGCGGAAUUCUCAUCGGUCUUGCGCAGCUGGUGAGUCUUUUCAUGACCAAGGCGCCUGUCGGCGUGUCGACGAGCUACGAGGAUAUCGGGCGGUGGGUAUGGAGUUCCAUCAACGGGGGCGCGAGUGUGGAACCAGUGCUGUCGAGGAAACAGAAGCCUGCGCUGCCGCUGACGAAGUCCGUUUGCUUUGCCGGGGGGAUUCUCGUCAGUAGCUAUCUGAUCUCACGGAUGGUGCCUGAGUUGGCAAGAGUGGAUGCGCUGUCGAUUGCGCCCCUGAGGGGGGUAUUAGGGGGGUUGGUUAUGGUGUUUGGCGCGCGGGUUGCCGGGGGCUGCACCAGCGGGCACGGCAUCAGUGGGAUGAGUAUGCUGGGAACGAGCAGCAUUAUCACUGUGACGUCGAUGUUUGCGGCAGGGAUCGGGCUGGCGUUCGGGCUUGCUGCUUAA